CCCAAAACCUGCGCGCGAGGUGGAAGCAGUGGCACAAGUCCGUCCUGUCUGUUGAGCCCUCUAUAGUUCAGUCAUGGACGGUCCUGGUAAGGCUAAAUACACGGAGGGAGUGAAAGAUGUAAAAGCAGGUGAAGCGGCUUCUUCUACUCGGAGCUCCGGUGGAGGCUGCGGCUCUUGUCUGAAGAGGAUGGUGGGCUUCAUCCCGCUGGAGUACCGGAGAGAGCUCGUACAAGUUUUCAAACUAGCUGGACCAGUGGUCAUUUCUCAGUUGAUGAUCUUCAUGAUCAGUUUCAUCAGCACUGUGUUCUGUGGACACCUGGGAAAAACUGAACUUGCUGGAGUGUCAUUAUCAAUUGCAGUGGUUAAUGUGACCGGUAUUUCCAUUGGCACUGGUUUGUCGUUAACUUGUGAUACCCUCAUAUCUCAGACCUAUGGGAGCGGUAACUUGAAGCGUGUGGGCGUCAUUCUCCAAAGGGGGAUUCUGAUUCUGCUGUUGGCCUGUUUCCCCUGCUGGGCCAUCCUCAUUAACACUGAACCUCUCUUACUCGCUGUCAGACAGAGCACAGAGGUCGCCCGACUCACCCAGCUGUAUGUGAAGAUCUUCAUGCCUGCUCUGCCGGCUGCUUUUAUGUACCAGCUGGAAGGAAGGUAUCUUCAAAAUCAGGGAAUUAUAUGGCCUCAGGUUGUAACCGGAGCGAUUGGAAAUAUCUGCAAUGCAGUCAUCAACUACAUCUUCCUGUUUCGUCUGGAUAUGGGUGUUGCUGGAUCUGCAGCUGCCAACGCUAUCUCACAGUAUUUUCUGGCUGUGAUCUUAUACGUUUACAUCUGCUGGAGGGGUCUGCAUAAGGCCACAUGGGGAGGUUGGACCAUGGAAUGUUUGCAGGAGUGGGGUCCCUUCGUCAAACUGGCCAUCCCCAGUAUGCUUAUGCUCUGUCUGGAAUGGUGGACUUUUGAGAUGGGAGGAUUUCUCGCUGGAAUGAUUAGUGAGGCUGAGCUGGGAGCUCAAUCUAUAGCAUAUGAGCUUACAGUUGUCGCAUACAUGUUUCCACUAGGAUUCUCUGCUGCUGCCAGUGUUCGGGUUGGGAAUGCUCUUGGUGCAGGAAACAUAGAGCAGGCCAAGCUGUCUUCCAAAGUCCCCAUCAUUUGUACAUUCAUAAUUGCAUGUCUUGUUAGGCAGCUUGCGCAUCGCCAGAUAUUUCAUGGGAUACAUUUCACCAACGAUCAAGACAUUUUACAGAAGGUUGCUGACAUCAUGAUCAUAUUUUUCUUCAUGCAUCUUUGCGACGCCACUGCGGGUGUGGUUGGAGGUGUUCUGAGAGGAGCAGGAAAACAGAUGAUUGGUGCUGCGUGUAACCUGGUGGGACACUACAUCAUCGGCUUUCCUAUUAGUGUGGCCUUGAUGUUUGCAGCACAUAUGGGCGUUGUAGGACUCUGGAUAGGACUUACCAUCUCUGUGUUCAUGCAGUCCAUUUUCUUCGUCAUAUAUGUGUGCAGACUCAAUUGGAAGAAGGUUACUGAGGAGGCUCAGGUGAGAGCAGGAGUUAAAGUCAAAGAUGAAAAGGAGACGGUCAGGAUGGAAAAUAUAGAUUCGAAUCAGAACCAGGCUCAGAUCAGUACUAUUUCAUCCAGUUGUGUGACUGCUGACGAGGAGAGUGCAUACCAGGAGGUACAGAUUUCAGACCAGAACGUGCCCACUACCACUACAGUGGGAGAUGUCCUGUCAGUAAAACAGUUGGUUGUACGACGCGGCCUCGCAUUGCUCAUCAUGAUCCUCAUCCUCGUCGUUGGAAUCUUUGCCAACCACUUCCUUGUCAGGCUGUUUGACUAAGUCCUGAUGUAAAGAUGUAAAGCUAGCAUUCAAACUAAUGGUUGUCAGGAUUGAUAACAUAAAGUUUUAUUAAAUAAUCUUUUCAUAUUAACAAUAAAUCACCUUGUAGUGUGACAGGGUUAUUCGAACUGUCAGUCCUACUGAGGAUCAACACUUGAGUUUGUGCAGCUUUAAGCAACCUUGUCAUAUAUAUACAUGGACAGCCACUCUAUUACAGAGAGCUGAAGGAGACUCAAUAUUUAAAGAGUUAGUGCACAGAGCUAGGCCUGAAAUGCAAGUAUUUGGGCUUGUAAAAAAAAAAAAAAAAAAAAAAAAAGAUAGCAUGAGAGGUCCAGUGUGGGAGAUUUAGUGACAUCUAGUGGUGCAAUUGUGAAUUGCAAAUCCACACCACUCAUGUUGAUGUUCUGUUUCUGUUAAAUGUUCAAGUAUCAGGCAGAGUGCAAACACUGUUGAAUGCAACUUAAAUGAAGAAUUUUGUUUGUUCAUGUUUGUCUCAGUGUUAAAUAUGAUUCAGUAGCUCAGGUAGAGUUAAUAAAGAAAAUUCCAAGAUGUUUUGAUUUUAUUUUUGAUGUUUACACACUAUGUCUUGGGUUCAAAUGUGUAUGUAAAUAUAAAGUGCAGACACAUAAAGGUAAAUGUAUUUUUAGGUGUUGAUAUCGGGAUGGUUUGUUGUUGCAAGACUGAAGACCAAAAUAUGAGAACUCUGAUAUUUUUAUUCAGGUUCCCUUUAAAUGCUAGCUCUUAGCCAAUUUAUGUGGAUUUUGUCACUUUAUACAUGUAAUAUAGAUGUAGAUGUUCCUGAUUCAGUUUGCCGUAGCUGUAGUUUACACAUGAACUUCAUUUAGAGCUCUCAUAAUGUGUUUAUCUCAGCAAGACAUCCACCACUCUUUAUUUUUUAUUUUGUCAACAUUGGUGUUCUGCUGGCUUAUACCAAAGGCCAUAAGGAAAGGGAACAUCAGUAAUUACAAUGUUAUAUAAGCAAUACAAUGUAUUCUGUAUAAUGAGUAGUAUUCUUAUCAUUGUCACCUCUAAAUAUAAAUAAACAAUUAAAUUACUGA